AAUAUUAGGUCGUUGUAACUGCAAUCAGCCCAUUUUCAAUAUGAACAAUACUGAUCACAAACAAAAUUGUGACCUUCCUUGUAACUAUAAAAACAUAGGCGAUACAUUUUCAAUUAGGGCAAGAGACAGAUGGAGGCUACUUAGAGAUUGGAUACUUCAAUAUAAAUCUCACAGCUACAAUCAACCAAGUAUAUAUUCGAAUAUUGACAGAAUAUUUGGAUAUAGUCUCCUCAAAAGGUCGGCAUCUUUUUCGUCUUGUAUAAUAGAGCAGGUUCUUUACUUACCUAGAGAAAAUGAGCGGAUUGCAAUUAAAACACCCUCGAGCAUCAAAUUUUACGAUCUGAAAGAAUUUAAACUAAUGAACGAAGUACCUUUGACGGAAAACAAAAAUAAAAAUGCUUUUAGUCAAAGUUAUAACCGUUUAGCCUAUGCAUCAAAAGUGGACGUUUUCAUUGGUUGGAAACCUGGUGGAAAUACGUUAUGGCCUUUAUCAUGUGAAAAUCUUGAGAAUAUUGGCAUCCCAUCUACAACUAAAAAUCAGUUGAUUGGUGUAUUUUCAAAUUUUGAUUCAGGAAGCAUAUUUUCGUUGGAAAUAAGAUCGUUUAAAACAUUUUCGAAUGACUAUUGUUGGAUUAUAUUUGCAAGAAACUGGCAGUUUCAGUUUACUGAAAUUCAACUUAUACCUAAUAAAUGUGUACCAGUUUUGAUACUUAAGGAUUGUACCUCAUUUAGUUUUCCAACUUGUCAAGAAGAAUUAUUUACAAAAAUCAUGACAUGUCCUCUACUUGGAACUCUUCUUGAAACUUAUGAAUUUCCAUCAGAAUUAAUCAGUUUCGAAGAGAAAUGUAGUCAUAACUGUAAACUUUUAAUUGCUUGGAAAUGUUCUGCUUGGUUACGUUGUAUGCAAUUUAACAGAUAUUUCAGUUCCAUAUCCCACAAUAGUGAUUGUGAUGAGACUGAUGGAAAACUAUUAGAAACGAUCAAUUUUCAAACCUUUGAAAAUGCUAUGAUCAACCACAGAUCACAAAUUACGGCUGUUCUUUACAUUAGCUCAUUAAAUAUUUUAAUUACUGGUGAUAGAUGUGGAACAAUUAAAACAUGGAAUACUGACCAAGUUCAAUUAACAGUACUUCAUGGUCACUUGGGAGAAAUUAUUCAUUUUUCAUCACAUAGGUGGGAUUUAAUUAGACCACAAAAAUUUUAUUCCACGUCUCCAAGUUUUGUUUCUAUAAGUAAGGAUGGAUUGAUGAAAUGUUGGCAGUUCUGGCAAUCAGACUAUGUAUAUCUGAAAAAUGAUGGUUCUGAAUUUUCAAACCCGUCAAGAAUUGUAUCAGAUAAUGGAACUAAGGAGAAUACCAUCAAAGAAGUAGAUAGUAGACAGACACUAAUGAAUUUGUAUUCAAAGGUUCUGUCUACAAAGACUUCAGCAUCACACUCAGUACACACUAUCCAUGACAUUACAGUGAAAAGAGACACUGGUGAACUUUUUUUAGUUGGAGUAUAUGAAGACAUCAAUUCAUGUAAGAUUCAUAAGGAACUCCAACAGGAGUAUUACUUGGAACACUGGACAAUAUCUGAGCCUUGUUCACCAAUGGCCGAAUUUCCACAAACAGUUAAAAAUAUUUCGUUUAUAAGAUUGAAUGAUUUAUAUGAUAUUGUUAAUCCAAAAGCCAACAAAUCAUCUAAUCUGGCUGAAUAUCAAAAUGAUAAUUCGAUUAAUAUAGCAGUUGUUAUAUGUGAAGGAAAACCUGGAAGUGUACAUUUACUUUCCACGUUGGAUGGAUCCAUUUUAACAACAGCUGUAUGUGAAGAUACAGUUGAAGAUGCUACUUGGCAUUGGAUGUUAGAAAAAUUGUUUAUUUUACAAAGCAACGGAGACAUCGCUGUAUUUUCCACUUGUAGUCGACCAUGUAACCUACUUUCUAUAUGGUCAUCAUCUGACCAUGAUGUGUUUUACCGUGGUCCACUCCUACUUUACCCAGUACAUUGCCCAGAUUACUUCAAGCUAUUUUUAGAAGAUGACAAAUCCAGCGAUUGUUUGCCACCGGUUAUUUUGUUACUGUUGGUUGGUCAGUCCGAUGGAUCUUUAGCUGUAUUAUGUACUAAAGAAGGAGUCGUAAUGAGCACAGCUCCAAAGUAUUCAACGACCGAAUCUUCAAAUAAUCCUCCAGAAGUUGAUCAGAAACAACAUAUAUCGUCAAUUAGAUCAAAUCCGAUAUUCGGGAGAUUAUACAUUAUCACCUUAGAUGGAACAUUAAAAGUAUGGCAAUUGAUUACACCUUUACCAAUCGGUGUGCAAAUACAAAAACAGGACAUUUUUCAAAGGAAUAAACCAAAUUUACGUGCAUAUUUCACACGUUUCCCAUUUAAAAUUAUUAAUAAUACUGACAUCUAUUGCAUUUAUACAGCUAAGAAUUAUUCAUUUCCCAAAGUAAAGGAAACUGAUAUUAAUUGUGUAACUAAUUCUUGUUGUUACAAUGUAGUCUGUGCUGAAGUGGCCAAUCCAGGUGAUACUUAUUCUAUGUUCAAUUUCAUAACAUCACGUUAUUUUGAUUCAGCUUAUUUAAAUCAUGAGAAUACAGCUUUGGUUAAAGAUAUUUGUAUUGGCUUAACAAAUAUAAGCAUGUUAAACAAACGUUUUGAAAAAUCACCCAUGAUUGAACAAAUAUUUCUAACAGUAACUACUGAUCCUGUUGAACGAGAAAACCUUUAUUUAAAAGUAUGGCAAACAACAUUUGAUUACAAUAUGGGAAAUGAUUAUCAUGUCAGAAACUCUAACAGUUUGAAACGAACAUCUACAAAAGCAUUACAACGUCUACAAAUGUUAGUUGAUAGUGGAGACACUAAUAUCGUCUGUUUAAAAUGUAAUCUACAGUUGAUAAAUACACUUAGAUUACCAUUUCCAACCGGACCAAGAAUCUCUAAAGCUGUUUGUAGAAUCGUCGGUAUUCAAUUAAAUGGUGAUAUUUUAUUGACAAUCAAUAAUAGUGUAUAUUUACUUCACUAUAAAACAUUGAAUAAGUAUUUUAAAUUAAGAUCUUAUUUAUUAAAUUUAAUGAAUCAAUCUACUGAAAAUAAGAUGAUUCCAGAAAUAUUACAAAACGUAAUAAGAAGUAGAGAAUGGAAUGUAGAUGGAUUAAAGAAAAUGAAUGAUGUAACUUUGUCUUUGAUUUGCAACAUUCGCCAACCAAUAGACUUUUCACUUGAAGAAAAGUUAGCAGCACAAAAUUUGUCAGAGAAAUCACAAGUGUUAACUAAACUCAAAGAAAGAGAUUUAGAUUUAAAGGAAAUAUCACAAAUUAAAUUAUUAAAGACUCUUUCAAAUCGCCGUUCCCAUAUUGAUUGUGCUUCAAUGCAAGAAGCUAGACGAAUCGCUUUUAACAAUUACUAUGAAAAAAUAUUAUCUAGACAAUGUUUAAAUUUAACUUCAUACUCGAAAGAACUAUACAAUGAAGAGGAUGAAGACAUCACUUUAUUAAAAGAGAAAUUGGUAACUAUGGAGCAAACUUAUUCACAAAUUCAAACUGAAGCAUCAACCAAGAAGAAUUUAGGAAAAACAAGCAAAGAAAAACUCGCAAAACACCGCAAAACUGAUAAAAAGCAAAAAUUACUACAAGCAAGUGAAGACCUUUCUUUUGUAAAACCCCAAGAGACGAUUAAAUUACCGAUAAUUACUAAUAAUAAAGAGUCGGAUUUACUUCUUAAUCAAAGGACAAAUGGAUUUUUUCCAAAGGUUAUUCUACUUGAAAGUGGACGUUCAAAGUAUGGCUGGGCGCCUAAUUCUUUACUUCUUCGCAAAUAUUAUUCAGGAAUAACUCACUCAGGAGUAGAUGAUAAAAGAAAUGCGAAUGAAGUCAACUGGGCUGACGUUGAAGCAAGAUUAGCUAGGUCGGGUAUUAACGGAUUGCAAAGUACACUAACUUCGGACUCGAGUAUAGGUUGGAUAGUGGAGUCAGACAAAGAAUUAACAAUGUUCAGUAAAGAAAUGAGUGACGGGGAUAUAACCGAUGAGAAUACAGAUAAAAAGUUACUUGCAAGUAGAUUCCGGGAUAUAAACAACCCAAUGAAUACUUUAUUUAGUAUAUCGACGUUACAAAAUGAGAUAAGUACUGAGAUCGAACAAAGUCAAAUGUCUAUAACUGAAAAGUCAACACCAUCUUCAAAAAAACGUGAAGCACUAGCCAAAAGUGAUCUUAAGCAAUCUUAUUUGAAGGAAACAGAUUUAUUGUCUAAUUUAAUUGAAAGACAAGCACCUGGUCGUCCAAAAUAUGAACGAGAAAAUACUGUUUUCUUGACAGAAUUCAGAAAUACAGAUUCUCCAGGGAAAAUCGACAUAUUUGUACUGCCUGAGUUCUUGCAAUCCUUUAGAAAUUCUAGAUGGCUGUCUAUUAUGGGAUUACUAAAUGGUCAAGAACCUGAAGGAUGGUCUGAUUUUAAUGCAGGUUCUAACGUUGACUGCUUUAUUCAUUGGCUGUUUUGGACAAAUAUUAUACCAAAACUAUGCUUACAAGCAACUUCACCAUCUACAGAGGAUGAAGAUCCGUAUCUUUGUCAGACUAUUUCCCAAUUUUGUACAGAUUUUAAAACACUUUACACAGAUCAUCAGUUAUCUGACAAGUACAUUCCCGAAUUACAUCAUUGCCUGACAGGAUGCGUAAUAAAUGAAUUAGGAAAAACAGUAGAAUUCAAAGAAUGGAAAAUGUUGGAAGCAGUGAGCACACUUUUGAUUACACUUGGUUUCCACGAUAUUGAUACAGUGGUUAUCUUACUAGUUUUGUAUGUGAACGUUCUACUAAACACCGAGAAAAACGAUCCACAGGUCCCCGGAGAAAUUAAAAAUGCUAACUUAACACACUAUAUUCAUCGUUCAUUACAGUCACUUGGAUUUCAAAUUAAAUAUUGCAAUUAUCUUGAAGAAGAGCUAAGUAAACUAGGAAAUAUCGAAAGAAAUGUGAAAAUCACUCCACCAAAAAAAGUUAUCCAUCUACAUGAUUGUAUUCAUUUGGUGGAGAACAUUGAAAUAUUAAACUGUUGGAUUAAAUUUUACAGAUUAUUAUCUGUGUGGCUUGAGAAUUGGUUCAGACAAAGCAGUGAAAUAGUAUCAAAGAAUAAAUCUUCCAAACUUGGAAAUCAAUUAAAAAGUAUUCUACAUACAACAAAUAAUUCAGCGACUAAAAUUAAAUCUAUAAAUAGAGAAGUGAAAUGGUCAAAAAAUACCAAUGAGUUUCGUGAAGAAUUCAUUACAAGUGAUGGUAUACAAGCUUUAAAUACAUUUGUUAAUUGGUGUCAUGAACAAAGAUUAUUGAAAUUACGUGAACAAGCUAAAGUAGAACAAUUACAUUUUGAUAAAUUGAAACAACAGCUUAAUGAAACUGAAAAAGAAACUGUCAUUCAAAUGAAAAAUUUUAACAAUGAUGAUGAUAUUCAACAGCAUAAAGUGGUUAUGCUAUUACCACCAUUGAAUGAAUUGGAAAGAUGUGUUGUACGUUUAGGUGAAUCACAUGUAACUGAAAGACGUAAAUGUUGUAAAACAAAGAAUAUUCUUCAACCAUGGAUUAAUAAUGUACAACAAACAAAACAUGGAGAUAUUAUGAAAAGUCAAAGUUUACGUGAUCCAACUCAACCUUCAUAUGCACAACCAUGGAUAUCAUAUAAAAAUGCAUUAACAGGACAUUUCCCACCAAAAAUACACAUAAAACCAACAGAAUGUAAUAUUUUACCAUUUGAUAGACAUCAACCUUUUAAAGAAACUUUAAAACAAAAGCUUUCAGAAAUUGAAACACUACAAGUGAAUGUAACUAAUUCAAAGAAACGAAAUAUUUCAAAACAUAUUAUACCUUGCGUUAUCAAUGAAAUGGAUAGUAAAGAUUUAGACAAUUAUCAUAAAUUCCUAUGUUCACUAAUUUAUGAUGAAGAGAAAAGAUCGAAUUCAGUAGUACAUUGGUUCAUACCAAUAAUGUCGUCAUGUCUACUACCUUUACCCAUGAAACAAAGGAAAUUACCUCAUAUCAAAUUACCAUAUUUAUGUUUAAAGUUACCUUAUGAAAAAAUAGAUGAUGGUGAUGACUAUGGGGAAGAAGAACGUGAGAUGCUAACUAAAAAUUCUUUUCGUAUUUCAGAUGAUUUAUCAACUGAAUUCAUGUUAACCCCAUAGAAUGACUGAUGACAUUAAAUAUACAAAACAAAAUUGCUUGAAUUUAUUUAGAAAGUUAUAUUUCCUCCAUUUGAUAUUAGUUUUAUACUCUCAUUUGAGCAAUAAUUUUGGUAGCUAAAUGAUUUAAACAGUAUUCCUGUAAAUUUUGAAGUCCUCAGAUUUUGAAUCAACCUUCUUGAAUGACUUAGGUUUUUUGAAUCAGAUCUGUAGGAUAGAACAUAUAAAUUGUCAAAGACAAGCGGUAUAAUUCAACAAACUGAUACAUCUUCGUUAUUUUAUACCUUCAGACGUCUUUGUUGUUUUGUAUCAUUUUGUUCUUCAUUAUGUUUAACAUUUUCUCUAAAGAUCAUGCCAAUAGUCACAAAACUAUCCGGAUUAUGUAACUGAGUGUCUGACAAACAUGUACUUUAGCCAC